UCCCGCGCUUCAAGGUCGCCAUGCUGGGCGCCUCCGGCGUCGGCAAGACGGCGCUCACCUGCCAGUUCACCACCUCGGAGUACAUCUGCGCCUACGACACCUCGCUCGAUGAGGAGUUCGGCCAGAAGACGGUGUCCGUGAUGCUGGAUGGACGCGAAGCAGAACUUGAAAUCGUCGAUCACCCAGCCUCAGAGAUGUCGGUGGAGAGCUACUGCACGACGUACAACCCGGACGUGUUCGUGGUGGUAUACUCGGUAGUGGACCGCAAGACGCUCAAGGCAGCCGAGGACAUCCUGCUGUUCCUGUGGAAGAACGACUACGUGGCGUCGCGUGGCGUCAUCCUGGUGGGCAACAAGGCAGACCUGGAGAGGCGGCGGGAGGUGCCCAUGGCUGUGGGUCGGAAACUGGCCAACAGUUGUGGCUGCAAGUUCAUUGAGACAUCAAGCGGACUGGAUCAUAAUGUUGAUGAGCUGCUCGUGGGUAUCUUGGCCCAGGUUCAGUUGAACCCACAUCGUGACCGCCACAAGCUACGCAAGGACAAGAAGCUGCGUUCCAGUGGCCGUCGCUUGCUCAGACACCUGCUGGGCAUUCGUCGACAAGCCAGAUCAUGUGAAAAUCUUCUGGUACUAUAGUUCCAAUGACAAUGAUGCUCACAUCUGUGGUGUCAUAUAGCCAAUUGCAAAUUUCAUGAAGUCUUGUUUUGAUUUUGUAGCAAUUUCAUAACGCAAUGUUGGGCAACAUACACCAGGAAACAUGUGAACACCACCAAAAACAAAAUGGCACCAUUGAGGAUAUGUGGUUCUCUCACAUAUGAAACUGAUAAAGAAUGAAAGCAUAUUACUCAAUGAAAAAUAUAUUAUUAACAUCAAUAGAGUUUGCAAAUGAAUAGUUUAGCCAGCAUUAUCAGAUGUCUCAUCAUUUCAGUGUCUGUUAAUUCACAGGACCUAUAUGUACCAUAAUUCUUAUUAUUUUCCAUCUGUCAUGUAAAGAAUGUGUACAAAUUGACCCACCUUACACUGAAAUAAGAUUACACAAUGACAUAUAUGAUCUUUCGACAAUAGUAUUGGAUGAUACACUUUACACAGCAGGUCCUAGAAUUUUCUUCUGUGACCUGCUUCAGAUUUUAAUGGCAUUCAGUAAUCUGUACAAUGGAUAUAAGAAGUAUAUGAGACAUAGACCUGUAAUGAAAUGUGGUCCGUCCACAAUACGGGUCCAUCAUAUUACAGUAGCAUGACGUACAUGAUAAAAAGGAACGCACACACAAAACUAUUUUAAUAGGAAACCUGGCUUAAAUUCAAUACAGAAAUAAGCUAUUUGAUAAGCCACUUAUUUCUUACAUAAAACAUGUUAAAAAUAUUUCAUGCAAAUAGAAAUAGAAAAAGACUUUACUUACUAGAAAAUAAGAUAUCAACAAAAACUAAAGAUUAAACAAACAUAAUCUUGCUGUAUUAAGGACUGCUUCAUACCACAGAAGAUAGAAAAGAAUCAGAUGAGAUGACACUAAAAGUGCGUAUAAGGAACCAUCCAGGCCCAGAGUAUACAGCACAGCAUAAUGAGAGAGACUCUAUAGUGAAAUAUUAGCAACCAGUGAAAUGCUCGAGUCUCAUGAGAUAUUGCAGAAAGGAUCAGAAGCCUGAGAGAGUAGUGAAGAACAGACUGAAAAUAGAAGCAUUGGCAGAAAGCAUGUGCAGGG